CGGGGCCGCGUCCCUCCCUCUGCAGAAGGCGGGAAGCGGCGCCGGCGAUGGGCGACAUCCACGAGGUGCCGCGGCCGCGCAUCGCCACGGGGCAGCUGGCGCAGCACAUCGGGCAGCCCGUCUGCUUCGUGGGGCGCGUCGAGAAGAUUCAUUCUAGCGGGAAGCUCGUCGUGCUUACGGAUGGACUCGGAAAGCACACGACUGUGGAGCUGAGCGAGCCUCUGGAUGAGGAGAUUUCAGGAGUUAUUGAAGUGGUGGGAAGAGUAACAAAUCAGGCAACCAUCAUGUGUGCAUCAUAUGUCCAGUUCAGAGAAGAUAAAAGUUCAUUUGAUCUGGAACUCUACAAUGAAGCACUAAAAAUUAUUCAUGAUUUCCCUGAAUACUACCCAUUUGGUACUGGGAGGAACACUUGAUUUUUAUUAACAUGUAUUUAGAGCUUCAGAGGGGACUACAGUACUGUGGUUUCUUGCCUGACAGCAUGGUAACAGUUGCAUUUAUUUUCAACAGAUAUACUGAAAAGACACUGUUACAUGUGCUAAGUGUUGCCUAUGAAGAGUAUCUUCUUUGAAAACUUAUUUAUUCAGCAAAGAAAACAAACAUGAAUGUCUCACUCACUGUAUAUAUCUAUGAGGAGCAUUCUCUUGCAAGAUUAGACUUGUCAGAAACUGAAAUUUUGUAAGCAUCCUUUUCUAGUUGGUAGAGGUUCUAGGAUACAUUACAGGAAACUUGUAUGGAAAAAUUUGAUAAAGAUUUUUGAUUUAAUUUGCUUUGAUAUAAAUUUAUUGUAUGGAAGAGGUAUUUUGCAUCUUGGAAAUGGUAUCUUCAUCAAUAAAAGAUUCACUGCAUUUA